GGGCGGUAUCCUUAAAUGUAUCGUUACCUCAAGAAGAGUUUUUAAAUUAUGGAGAGGGACGAAAUUAUUUUGUGGCACCUUGAAGUAAUUUAAGUUAAAGGAAAAUCCAGAGAUGACAGACAACCAUUCGAUUUCAAGCAACCGACAUUCACCGAUUUUAGCUAAAGAUAUAAAGGACGUACUCCUAAGGAGGUACGCUAUAUUCACAGGUGGCCAUGAUAAGGAAUUCCGCUCCCUUAUAAUUUUCCAAGAUCGCGGUCUAGAUGGAUUAGGUGAUGAUUCAUACAUUUUUCUUAUGCAGUAUUUUUCUUCAUUAUCAACAAUGCUAACAUGUGUUCAAGAGUUUACUGUCGUUAUUGAUAGGCGUACUGGUAAUUGGACAGUUGUCAAGUCGAUUGUUGCCAGGCUAAAUGAAAAGUUCCCAGGAAACUUACAUCAAAUAUUUAUUAUCAAACCUCAAGGUUUUAUGCAAGGUUUUUUCUUGGAGAAAACAAUAAACUCAAUUCGUGAUGGUUGUAAAAUUCCGUUAAUUUUCGUCGACAAAACUGAAGAAUUGCUUCCUUUCAUAGAUCAACAACAUUUGACAAGUGACUUGGGCGGUGAGCUUAAUUUCGACAUUGAAGACUGGCUUACUAACAGGAUAGUUCGACAACAUAUUUUGCAUUAUGCUACUCGAAAAGAUUUCUGUCUUCAGUUUUCACAAGAUAUUGAAGAAUACUUUGAAGAAGUUGAACAUUUAAACACUGAGUUGAAAAACAUCAUGAAUCAGUGUAUUAAUCAAAACUAUAAUCAACGACAGGAUUAUUAUUGCAAUCCAAAAUCAAGAACUUGCUAUUUAAACCAAUUUUAUAGUUGUGAAAAUAUGCUCGAAUUACGUAAAAAAUGUCAUCAUUGGUUACAUCGCGUUUCACACUGUGAAGUAAAGGGUUUGAAAAUACGUGAAAAUUUACUUAAGAAAAAUUCAAAUCAGUCAUGUACAACUAUACGAGAAGAAGACACUACAAUAAAAUGUGAUAUACCAUCGAAAACGGGGACAUGGGCUAAUACAAGUGAUGCAUAUGACUUACCAGUCGAUUAUGUCUUUCAUAUAAUUACUUUUGAUCGUAUACUCAUUAGGUUAACUGAGGCUCGUACCGAAUUAAGACGGUACUGGCGUGAAUACAUGAAACGAGUACGUGUUACAUUUCUGGUUGAUGAUGUUGAAAACCAAUAUUACGAAUUUACUAAUCUUGCCAGUACAUGGAAUAAUCUAAUUGAAUCUCUAGUUGAUUAUUUACCUGUUAAAAUGUCCAACUCCUCCACUUUAUCUCCAACACAUCAACAUUAUCUUAAUCAAUCAUUAAAAGAUGAUAAGGAGAACAGUUGCAUUCAUAAUAGUAAUAAUUCACCAUGUUCCCCUUCACAUUUCAUUAUACUUUCUGCAUUGAAAAAUGAUGAUGAUGAAACGGAUACAUCGUUAAGUAAAACAAUAUUGGAAAGUUUAGAAUUACUAUCUUGUCGUAUAUUGGAAGCGGAAGCCACUGGUAAUCGACUAUUAGCAAGAUUAAAAGAAUUAGAUAAGAUUGCAAGCAAUUUUGCUUUAUUUAUAAUUGAUAACGUGGAAGAAAAAGAAGGAGUGUUACUGAACAAUUCUAAUGAGAAAGACAAUCAUCAAGCUUCAUUUCUCUGUUGUGAUGUAAAUCGAUUGGUCAGUGCAAAUUUAGUCUCAAAUAUUAUUUGUCCAGAUUUGUCAAUAAAAUUAAAUGGAAGUAAUCAACAAAAUGAUGUUAACCUAAAUACCAGUUGCUUAUCUCUAUAUUCUGGAGAGGAAGAUGAAUCAUCUAAUCUUGUUAUGUCUGAUGAAAUUAAUCAUAGUUCUAAUGAAAAAACUGAUGAAUCCAUGCAACAAUAUUUCCUUCCUAUCAAAUUUCCUUCAAAUGUAAAAGAAUGGUCUUUGUUAUUUAAAAAUAUGAUUGAUUUAGCUAGUAUAGAUUUACCAAAAGCAGCUGAUCAAAUUAAUCGUUUGCUACAACUGUACACAGAAAUUGAUAAUGCUGCUUCAUGGAUUAAAGAAGGUCAUCAUUUAUUGAAGACAGUAACACCACCGAAUAAGCUCACUACAAUGAAUUUAGUGGAAUGUCGGUCACGUAUGGAUGAAUUGAUUACAUUUACUUCUUCACGUCAGAGUAGAUUAGAGUUACUUCGAAAUCCUAAACUGUUUCAUUCACGAUUAGUUGGAUUAUUAGACGCUGAUUUGAAGAGUCAUUUAAGUAAAUUAUUGAAACAAGUAGAAGAUUUAGCACAAAAUUGUAAUCUUGCUAUUGCUUCAAUUCGUCAACACAUUUCACGAACAAGUUUCCCAAGAAAUCAUCCCAACUCUAAAUCUUUUAAUAGUAGUACUAAUAGCAGUGGUAGUACUUUGACUAGUCCUGGGACAAAUUCACCUAUUCAAGAAGCUAUUGAAUCAGCAUCAUCAUCUUCAGAAGGUCUUAACAGCCACAAUAACAAAGUUUCCAAUUCCAUUCAAGGCUCAAACUCAACUUCAUAUCAGCUAUCACAGUUAGAAUCUCCAACUUCAUUAUCAACUCCAGGUAAACGAUAUCAAUUAGCAUGGAAAGAACUGGUAGAUACAGAAAAAUCUUAUGUGAAUUUUCUACAGCAUGUUUAUGAUGUAGUGUGGUUAAAUUCUAUUGAUAAUGCUAAUAACGACGAACUGGGGACUCGUUCGCAUCCACAGCCAACAUUUAUGCGUGAUAAUCAAAAUCGUCUUUUGUGUAAUUGGCCGGAAUUAUUACGUUUCCACAGAGACGUAUUACUACCGCAUUUAAUAUUAUGCGAUGGAAAUUCAGGAAAAAUUAAAAACUGGGCAUCUCACAUGGUCCCAUAUCUGGUAGACUUAUACACAAUUUAUUGUUCGCUUCAUGAUUGUGCAGUUCAACUCGGUGCUGCCCUCGAAAAAGAUCGCAUUUAUUCUAGCUGGUUAACUGCAUGCAAUGAAGAGGUGUAUCGGAGAGAAAUGUCAAUAACAAAAAUGAAUGAUUCCGAAUCUUCUGUCCCACCUACUGAACUAAAUCGUCCCAUAUUACUGUUUAGUUCUCGUCUUGUGACACCUGUACAGCGUUUUCAACGAUAUCAUUUACUAUUGGAUAGACUUGUUCAACAUGAAACAAAUGAACUUGACCGGUAAUUUUUCGAUUAUCUCAUUUUUUGGGAAAUACUAUAGUUAGCUGUCCACUUAUUGAUGGUAUGAAACUAACUAAAACCAAGUUAUUUUGUAUUAAUGUUAUAACAUAAGGCAACACAGUUUUUUGAUCAUAGAUUUUCUCUUCCGAUUUUAUCUGUCAAUUAUAAGACGGCGGAUAGGUAACGGGUAUUUCAUGACUCCACUCAAGCCUGUGUUCUGGAUUCCAUGAUUCAUCAGUUCAAGUAAAAAUAUUACUUUGAAUUUCGGCGUGUUUAUCUUAUUUGCUUCUUCGUAAUUAUGAAGCUGUUUAAAUAUAAACUAAUUGUAUACUUCAGUAGUGACAUGAGCAAGUUUGUUAUUACCUAGCUCUACUAUAUGGUCAGCCUUAUUCAAAGCUUAGUACACAAACGUGUAUAGUGUUAUUGAGUUGCAUUAGCUUAUCAUUAACACAGCAGUGUUUAUUCUUCCCUUUCAUCUUCCAUAUUCACUGCCAGAUGUAUUUAGAGAUUUCAAGCAAAGUUUAGUCUCUGGGUUUCUGUAAGUUAUUUCAUUGUGCUCAUCAUAGGUAGAAUAACGAAAUAUAAGCUUAGCAUUUAUCAAAAGUCUGUCCUACUAACAUAGCUCUGGUAAAUAUUCACGUCUUUUCGUCAAUAUCUUCAUGAAUUCUUAACAAUUCAUUACUGUCAUUGUUUCAUCGAGUAUGGUGUCUUAUUACAAUUGACUGGCCCGAGACUGAUAUUCAAGUUAAUGUGCAUGAAGUGGAUGAAAUCACACAGCAGGAUAUCAAGUUGUGUUGUAUGCCUUGUUGAUUGUAGUUAAAAAAAUGUUACCCCUUGAAAUUAAACCUAAAAAUCCAAUAGCUAUGAUGCCCUUAAAAAAAUCUUCCAGGUUUCAGUUUGUUUUCAGUAGGAAAGUAUAUAUUUUCAAUGUAAGUAGAUUUCCUUGACAAGUAGUAACAAAUCAUUUGCUAUUAAAUUUCACUGAUUUUGCAAAAUUAUUAAAUCAACAUUAAUUGCACCUUGAAUAAUCUUCUGUUUACCUCUGUGAUUAAUCCAAUAAGCUCAACGGUAGGUCGACUAGGUAGCUCCCUCAAAUAUGUUGAUACGUCAUGCUGCUAAGUAUUGACAAUCGUUAAAUUUAGAUCAAUGUAACCUUACAAGUCUACUCCAUAUAUCUAAUAUCUAAACAAAACACUAUCGUACCACGUCGUGUUGUAUAAUUACUAAUCACCCCAGUAUUGUGUUACAAUCAGGCGAUGAAUCCUUCUUUUUUCUUAUCAAAACCAGUCCAAAUAUUAACUUAUUUUUCGUAGUAUUUAUAUUAGUUGUAUUAUGUUGUUUGUUAAUUAUUUAGCUGUGACCUACAGUCGGCCCAUAAAGCUAUUUUGGAAUUAUGUGAAACAGUGAAUAUUGCUAUGCAACUUCGUGGUUUAUCGGUAAAUUUUUAAAAAAGUUAAUGAAUAUUUCCUAAUUAUCAGAUAAAUAAUGUCUGUAUUAGGAUGAUGUUGAAAAGUUGUAGGUAUUGUUAGUAAGCUAAUUAAGCAGUAAAUUAUUUUGGACUUACUCAUACACAAAUACAAAUAGUCAGUUAAACAAAGUACGUAAAGAUAAUGAACUAUUCAAGAAUAACCAAGGUUAUUAAAACAAAUUUUUAUAAUAGCGUUCAUUAUUAACUCAUUCAACUGAGAGAACACAAAAUAAAAAUAAAAAGUAUCUCCUAUCCAAAUAUUCAAUAUUCUAAUUGUAGCCACAAAUAGUUGGUAUUAUAACCAUUAUUAUAAACUUUGGAUAGAAAAAUAUUAACACAUAGAUCAUAUUUUACCCCAAAUUAACAAGCAUCUCAUUGUAUAAUAUUGGAAUUUAAAGUAUUACCGCCUCCACUGUGUAUUGAGCUCUCAUGUACACGAUGAUAGAGAAGUCAUAAUUUACUCAGUAGCACUGUUUUUCUAUUUGUUGUCUAUACUAAUUGGGUACAUGCUUGAUCAUACGCAAUUAUAGAUAGAUUUCACAUGAUAACUAACUGAUUGGUAGAUGAAUGAAUAUGUCAUCAAUAUUUUAUUAUUUAUGUAAUUUUCGUUCCAAAUUCAGUAUAUGUAUGCUUCAACUUAGUUUCCAGUAGUUUUCAUCAGUAUCAUUGUAUUGCUGUUUUAAAAACUACAAAUUAGCUAAAUUCAUUCAAAUUUUUUAAUAACUGCUAUAAAGUUUUACAUUGAUUCCUUUCACAAAUAUUUUUCAUAAAGGUUCGUCCAUCUGCAUUGGGUCCAUUUCUAUUGCAAGGAGAUUUUACGAUAUCUCGUGAUGAUGUACGAUUUAUGCCUAGCAAACAACGUCAUGUUUUCUUAUUUACUAAUGCUAUAUUACUCACUAAAUAUCGUACUUCACCCAAUUCAUUUAUACCUGUUUUGAUUAAUCCAAGUACAGUGAUAAAUUCUGCGAUUUCAAAUAUAUCACGAGAUCAUUCCAUUGAUUCGUAUGAAAAAUCUACAAAUACUUAUUCAGCAUACAAUCAAUCUAAUAAUGGAUUAGGUACAACAUCCAAUUUAUUGGCUUUCACUAAAUCACUUACGUCUAGCAGUGGAAACAGUAGUAAUAAUCUUACUUCAACUAAUAUUCCGACUUUUACUUAUCGUCCAUAUUAUGAGAUUAAACAAGAAUUAGAGCUUUCCAAAAUCGGUUUGACUCCUCAUUUCCAUGGGGACCGUCGUCGGUUUGCUAUAUGGACAGCUAAACGCGCAGUCACUUAUAUUUUUCAAUCAUCUGAUCCUGCGAUCAGAGAUGCAUGGGUUAAAGCUAUAAAUGAAUUAUUAAUGGUGCAAUUAAUUCGUGAUCGUUAUAAAGUUCUAAAUAAUACUGAUAUACAGAGUGCAAAAAUAUUAUAUACUGAACAACUCUCUUUCAACUCAAAUAUAUCUGAUCGUAGUAAAAGCUUACCAGUUAGUAGCAAAACGUUGCCACAUAAAAAUCAAACGGGAAAAGGAUCAGUUGUAUCAUUACCAUCUGUAGUUGAUCAGAAUUCCAACAAUAAAAUAACAUCAAAUCAAUAAUUAGUCAACAAAUGAUUUCUCCAACUGCGCAAAUCUUAAUCUUUUAUUUCUUUUCUUUUCCAUCCAUUUUUAUCAUAUUUUAAUCUCAACUAUUUGUAAAUUUGUAAGUGUACGUGUACAGUUAGAUUUUUGAUUAAUUAUCACAUCAACUUUUAUUAUUUUUCUGUUUUCGAUCGUAAUUACUAUUUCUCCUUUGUAAAUCCACUUACCUGACUAAUUACCAUUUGUCUUUAAAAAUAUGUGUUCAUAUGUCAUCGUUUCUACUCUCGUUUCCUCUUCUUUCAUUCGUUUUUUAAUCUGUUAUUUAUCUUUUGAUUUCAUUCCACCCAUCCAUUCAUUCAUUUAUACAAUCCUCUUUCAAGUAAUUUCAUCACUGAAAUAAUCUCAUUAUCCCUAACUAUUGUUAUAUUAUACCUUCUUUGUUUAUAUGUGUAUUUAUGGGAUAAAUAUGGAAAGUGUUUUCCCAAACAUCCGUUUUUUU